UUGGCUCCACCACCCGGCACCCUGCUUAAUAGAUGCUUCUUCUAUUCACAGACAGGUAAAGUAACUACACACAGACUACCCAAGAGAAGCAGGGCACAUAUAACAAUAAUGGAAAACAACCUAGAUGAAGAUACCCAGGCUGGUGGAAGAUUCAAGAAACGAGAGCCAUUCAAAAGGAGACAUCGGAUUACAACAGUUGUGCCUCAGGAGAACAGAAGACCAGUGGAAAAGCCAGUUCCGGCUCCUGUAGAAGUGAUAAGCAAAAAUGAUGAGACAAGCCAAGAAGAAAAACAAGCCCAGGCUGAAGACAAGGUCCCAGUUGAGGAAAAGGUCCUAGUUGAGGAGAAGAUCCCAGUUGAGGAGAAGGUCCCAGUUGAGGAGAAGGUCCCAGUUGAGGAGAAGGUCCCAGUUGUGGAGAAGGUCCCAGUUGUGGAGAAUGUCCCAGUUGAGGAGAAGGUCCCAGUUGAGAAGAAGGUCUCAGCUGAAGAGGAAAGUCAACCACCAGAGAAAGAGACAACAGAACAGAAUAAUGUACAAAAGGAAAAUUAUGAGAAUAAAGUAGAAAAAGUGAAAGAAGUAAACAAAGAACCAAAUGAAGUCACUAUGGGGAAAACUACUAAUGUUUUAGCAUCAAAAGAAACGCACAUUAAAGCCACAAAGGAAGUAAAUGUACCUACAGAACACACUGGGGCAACGUCAUCCCAGCCUCCUGCUCGAUCAGGUCCAACCACGAAAAAGGGACCAAAAUUUAAGCCAAGGGGGUCCAAGGAAUUCAAAAGCAAACCACCCAAGAAAGGAGUUAUUGGAUUUGAAGAAAUUCCGGGAAUGGAAGGCUUAGGCGCAGAUAUCACUGUCGUUUGCCCCUGGGAAGCGUAUAGCCAUCUUGAGCUGCACGAACUUGCACAAUAUGGAAUUAUUUGAAGAUUACGGUUUUCCAUGGUUUUUGUUUGUGUAUAUAUACGUUUUUUUUUUUAAACUAAGAAGCCUUCUCUGCAUUUUGUCUACUGUAGAAAUUGCACUGUUAAAUGUGGAUAACAGUAGCAGGAGAAAUGAAUAAAUGAAUGCCAAUCAUUGCUGAAGGAGAGUUCAAGUGAAAGGUUUGGUUUGUUUCUAUGAAUAUUCAAGAAAAUACUGGAGAGGUCAAUUUAUUCUCGUCCAAUGAUAUCCACUGCUCUGCAGGGUUCACUUUGAGCCCCUGUGUCGAGGCCGAGAAUGUAUUGUCAGCUACAGUCAGUUGCAGGUCUUGGAUUGUUGAGGAGCAGUGGGUCAUGUAGAUGUUGUAGAGAUGAGAGCUUUGAUGUUGUAGCUACUGGAGGAAGCAAGUAGUUUACAGAUGUUGGUCUGGAACUCGACGAGACACAGCAAAUAGGUGUCCGAUGAAAAAGAAACUGUCAAAUGUGAGGGUGGAUUUUGCAGUUCAAGCCAAUGGUGGGUUUGAGCAAUACAGGACUUGUACAUUAUGUCAUGCUUUUAACCAUGUCCUGAAGAGUUACAAACUCUCUGUUGGGGGCACAGGGAGAUAGAACAGCUUAUGGGCCACACACCAAGUAUUCCUGGUCUCCUUGAAGACUAAAUAAGGUUCACACACAUCUUUGCUCCUUCAACUACAGACACAACAGUGUUCUUUUAUCUACAAUAUAUAUGAACGAAGGAUUCAAUGCCGGUAAUUUACAAAGCGCUUAAGGUAGGAAGGAGUAAGAAUCUUGUUUUUUUUGUACAUAUACUUUCGGAUUUUAUGUUGUCUUUCGUGCAAUGUCACAUUGUUCUGUAGAAUUUUCAAAAAUGCAAUGCUGAUAUUUAGAAUCUCAAAUGUUCUGGCAUGCAAAACUUCCUCAUAAAAAAGCUAAAAUGGCAAAAGGACUGUUUUUAUAAAAAUGUUUGAAUGAAAGAAUAAACGCAUUGCUCAGUAA